AUGAGUUUGGGGUGGAUCAAAUCCUUCAAAAAUGGGUUUGGGUUUGACCAAACCCCUCAGAAUCUGGGCUGGUUCCUCACCACCUUCCCCCUGCCCGUGGCCACGCGUGGCUGUGACAUCUUCAUGUACGAGGGUCUGGAGAUCGUGUUCCGCGUGGGGAUGGCGCUGCUGCAGUUCAACCAGGCCGAGCUGGUGCAGCUGGACAUGGAGGGCAUGUCCCAGUACUUCCAGAAGGUGAUCCCUCACCAGUUCGACUCGUGCCCCGACAAGCUGAUCCUGCGCGCCUGCCAGGUCAAGUACAACCCCCGCAAGAUGAAGAGGCUGGAGAAGGAAUACGCCGCCCUCAAGAGCAAAGAGAUGGAGGAGCAGAUCGAGAUCAAGCGGCUCCGCUCUGAGAACCGCCUGCUCAAGCAGCGCAUCGAGACCCUGGAGAAGGAGAGCGCGGCCCUGGCCGAUCGCCUGAUCCAGGGCCAGGUGACGCGGGCGCAGGAGGCCGAGGAGAACGACGUCAUCCGGCGCGAGCUGGCGCUGGUGAGGCAGCGCUGCAGCUCGGCCACCGAGAGCCUGAGACGAGCACAGAGCACGAUUCGAGAGUUACAGGUGUGUCAGGGUAACCCCCGGCUGAGCGAGGAGUUCGUGGCGCACCUGGAGACGGAGCUGGAGCGGUCGCGGCUGCGCGAGAGCGAAACCCUGGGAGCCCUCAAGGAGAUGCAGGACAAGGUCCUGGACAUGGAGAAGCGGCAGCCGCUGCUCCCGGAUGACUCCAGCGUGGUUCGGCUUCAGGAGGAGCUGCAGGAGCUGGCGCUGAGGGACAUCGGGGACAUCGGGGACACCUGGCAGGUGUCCCCACACCUGACCAGGUGUGUCCCUGUCCCCCAGGUGUGCGGGGGCCGCUGGCAGGAGCCGCGGGCGCUGCACGAGGCCGUGCUGGGGGUGCAGCUCCGCGAGAGCCAGGCCCAGGCGGAGCUGCGGGCGCUGAGACAGAGGGUGCUGCACCUGGAGACACAGGGCCGGAUCCAGCGGUCGGUGCUGGGCCGUGCCGAGCAGGCCUGUGCCGGGCUGCGGGAGCAGCUCCGCGCCGCGGCCGCCCAGAGCCAGGGGCUGCAGGCGCAGCUGAGCGAGAGCCACCGCAAACACGCCGAGGCGCAGUGCAAGAGCAAGGAGGAGGUGAUGGCCGUGCGGCUGCGUGAGGCCGACAGCAUGGCCGCCCUGGCCGAGAUGAGGCAGCGCGUGGCCGAGCUGGAGAUCCAGCGUGAGGAGGGGCGGCUGCAGGGGCAGCUGGAGCACACGGACACGGCGCAGUACAUCCGGCACCUGCAGGGCCACAUCCGGCAGCUCAAGGCCGAGAUCCGGCUGCUGCGGGGGCCGCUGUCCUUCGGCGCGGUGGCCUUGGGGACACCCCUGGGGGACGAGGACUCGCUGGGCUCCUCGGACGAGGAGCUGCCACCGCCACCCUUCGCCCUGACCCCGGGGGACACCGGGGACACCGGGGACACCGGGGACAGCAGCGACAGCGAGCCCGAGGUGGCACUGACAGCACCGUGACACCCAGGGGACAUUGGGGACACCGGGGACAGCAGUGACAGUGAGCCCGAGGUGGCACCAACCGCACCGUGACACACAGGGGACAUUGGGGACAUUGGGGACAGCAGCAACAGCGAGCCCGAGGUGGCACUGACAGCACCGUGACACCCAGGGGACAUUG